CACUCCUUUGGCCUUCGCUGGCUCCUCCCGCUCUCGCUCGAGGCUCCGACGCUCAGCCAAAAACGAAUCCCAGCGACAGAGCUCGGCAGAGGCUCCGACGGCUCCCGGCCCCGCUCUUCGCCCAAAGCGUCUGCCCUACGCCCGCGUCCCAACCAUGGAGAGAAACCACCUAGUACAGAAGGCCAAGCUGGCCGAGCAGGCUGAGCGCUACGAGGACAUGGCAGAGUUCAUGAAGGCGGUGGUGGAACACGGCGAAGAGUUGUCCAACGAGGAACGCAACCUCCUCUCCGUCGCCUACAAGAACGUGGUGGGUUGCCAGCGCUCGGCUUGGAGGGUCAUCUCCAGCAUCGAGCACAAAACUGAAGAGGGGGACGACAAAGCGCAGCUGGUGAACGAAUAUCGGGAGAAGGUGGAAAAGGAGCUGAAUAGCGUCUGCGAAAAUGUCCUGGCUUUGCUGGACAAGCAUCUCAUCAAGAAGGCGGGCGAUCCUGAGAGUAAGGUCUUCUACCUGAAGAUGUUCGGUGACUACUACCGAUACCUGGCCGAGGUGGCCACCGGGGACAGCCGCAAAGGCGCGAUAGACAAAGCCCAGAAAGCCUACCAAGAUGCCAUGGACAUCAGCAAAAAGGAGAUGCAACCCACAAACCCCAUCCGCCUGGGGCUGGCCCUCAACUUCUCCGUCUUCCACUAUGAGAUCGCCAACGCCCCCGAGCAGGCCAUCUCCUUGGCCAAGACCACCUUCGACGAGGCCAUGGGGGACCUGCACACGCUCAGCGAAGACUCCUACAAGGACAGCACCCUCAUCAUGCAGCUGCUCAGGGACAACCUCACGCUAUGGACAGCCGAGUGUGCCGGAGAAGACGGUGGCGAGGCUGGUGAAGAGCCCAAGAACUGAACGGCCCCUUCGUAGCUGGGGACCAGCCCCUCUCCGGUCCCUUCAUGGUUUCAUUUUUUUU